AUGGACUCCACUCUCUCCUCAUCAAACUUGUUCGCAAAGGACACGCCUCGGCGCAUCGCUAAUUGGGACAACAAGCGUGAAAAGUGCAACAAUUGUGACCUCAUCUACCUCAAGACGCUCAGUCAACAUACAGGCUUCUGCUCCGUAGACUGCAAGUCCAACCUGGCGUACCUAGAAAAGGUCAACCGCUCUAUCCGAGCAGUGAAGGAAGCGAUUCAUGAGCGACAACGCAUGCAAAAUUCACGACAAGAGCCUCAACCGAUCGUCAAAAAGCAGCACAGCAAUGCUUUCUAUCGAGUGGCCGUUGCAACCGGCGAUGGACUAAAAAACGCACAGUCAUUCGCCGAAUUUGAACUUGAUGCUCGUGCUGUAAAUUUACGUAAUUGUGAUUGGUCUAUCAGCGCUGCACACUGA